CUGAGAUAGUAAGAAGGCAAUCAAUGAUUGGAUCCUCAAAUCAACGGACCAAUCCGCGAAGGCGUUGCUCAAACAGACGACGCUUUGAGUUUUGAUCUUGGAAGCUAUCGUUAGCCGCAGAAGCUCAGCUGCUUGAAGAUGUCGGUGAAGCGGGGCUUUGGCGACUCUGCGUAUUUAAAGAAGAGGAUUCCACAGAAUCCAAAAUAUCAACAUGUAAAAACACGACUUGACACAGGCUCCAGCCUGACAAAGUACAUGGAGAGACUAGAGGAGGCAAGGAAAAACUACAGAUAUAGGAAGGACGAGCUGUUUAAAAGACUGAAAGUGACUACAUUUGCACAGCUGGUAAUCCAAGUUGCUUCAGUGUCAGAUCAGAAUGACAACAUUAAAGAUGAAAUGGUGGGAUUAGAAGAUGAUGUGUCAAUAUUCUCUGCAUCACCGGGCCUCGACCGUCUCUCUGAUCAGACGAAUGGCUCCCCUCAGCCGACGCUUCUUCCCCCACAGAGUAUCAACAAUGAUGAAUCCGGCGACACUGCAUUUUCUCCUAGAUCUACACUCCAAAGUGUCAUCAGUGGCGUGGGAGAAAUGGAUCUGGACAAGAACGGACAGAAGAGCAUCCAAAACUCUCCAGUGCCUACCUCCAACAUCCCAGAGUGCCCUUAUCCUGACUGCCCAUAUCUGUUGCUGGAUGUGCGGGACAGAGAACAGUAUGACCAGUGCCAUAUUACCAGCGCAUAUAGUUACCCCAUUGCGACCUUAUCAAGGACAAUGAACCCAUACACGAAAGAAGUUCUCGAUUAUAAAAAUGCAUCAGGGAAGAUCAUAAUCUUGUAUGAUGAGGAUGAGAGGAUAGCAAGUCAAGCCGCCACCACCAUGUGUGAGAGAGGCUUCGAGAAUCUCUUCAUGUUGUCAGGGGGUUUAAAAGUGGUUGCUCAGAAGUUCCCUGAGGGAAUGACAACCGGCUCCAUUCCCAUCUCCUGUCUGCCGUCACCCUCGGGACCUGGAGGUCGUAAACGAUUGGUUCCACAGCAGACGUCACAGCCAGCAGAAAAAAAGUGGCGGUUCACCUCAGAAGACCUCAGCAAAAUCCAGCAUUACCUAGAAGAAGUGUACAUACCCAGUGAGCCCAGCAGUCGUCUAAGCAGCAGAAUGUCCACUAGCAGCGCUCGCUCUAAAGCAUCUACAGCUCGGAGCAGUCGACAAGGCUCGUCCAUAGCAGGAUCAGAAAGUGCUCGUUCACGGAGUAGUCAACCUUGGAAAUAAUCCUCAGCUUCACCUUCAUCAUUGUCAUCUUCUCUCUAAUGCAAAUAAAGCCUUUAUAUUUUCCUUUCUCAAGAUUCCUGUGAACAUGGACACUCUAAACUACUGUGUGUAUGUUUUUUUAAGUUCACUCUUAUUAUGACACAUGCACGUUCUCAGAACUACAUUGGGAGGAACUGAACGUUUCUUGGUUCUGAUAGUACACACAAAUGGCACUGUUUUAACAUCAUUUCAGUUUAUUCACAAAUCUUUGCACUGCAGACUUCAAAUCCAAACUGCAUGUGUAAGAUCUAAAUCUGUUUCGGAUUUGCCACUGUAAAUUUUUUGGCAUAAUUGGCCAUUAAUACUAUAAUAAUGGUACAAGAUCUCUAGGGUUAACACCUUAUCCCUUUUAAUGCAUAUGUAGGUUCUUCUAUAUGUUAUGUAAGUAACAAGCAGGUCUUAGUGGAAGGACUCCACUUCUUGGUGGUCAUCUUUUUUUGCUUUAACUGUGCUAUGACAUGAUGUGUUCAUUGAGCAUGCUGUAUGUUUACUUGUGCAGUAGUAUGCUGCAGUGCUUUAAAAAAUAUAUUAGAUAUGCUGAUCUUGCAUUAAAGCCAGAGCUUCUCUGUUUGUUCAGUGCAUUUAUUUUUAUUGUUAAUGCUUUCCGAGCUGGUGCGGAAUUUUCUUUCAUAAUCGGCAUCUACUGAACUGUGAUUUGAAUGUUAUGAACUGUGCUAUUGCGUGAAUUAAUGAAGAUUAAUGAAGCUUUGUCUGUUGCAGAGCCUGAUGAAGGAACUUAAAGUGCUUUUUUUUCAGUCAUUGUAUAUGUAUGUGUACAUGAAGUGGUAGAAAGUGCUUUGUUGUCUGUGUUUCUGUGCUUAUUGACUGAAAUCAGUUAUCCCUCUUCUGUCAUAGACUUUGUUUUAUUGACCAAUUAAGUAAUUUAAUUUAAUCUAUAAAAUGAAAACUACCUGGUUUGUUAUUUUGUAUUAAAGGCUGAAUAAAAGUCAAUUUUAUAUUGUGUA